GUACGAAUUUAAAAUCCAUUUACUUGUAGUGGAGUAUUUCAGCAAUGUGGCACUUCUUCCACCACUGCGCUGCAUACUGAACUGAUUACACGUCCUGCUCCUUUAAGGCGGUAGCACAAGGCAGGUUGAGAAAUAUGAGUUAACUGUGGGAGGGUGGCGCUUAAACAAACGGUGACAGUGACUGUCCAUGUGAGCUCAGGGACUUCAGAUCAACGGGAAGCCGAGAUCUCCGGGAUCGGUAGAAUACCGGCGCCUCUGUUACGUUAACGACUUCUUGACUGGGAUUUAAUUUUUAUAUAUAUGUAUAUUUAGAUGUCCUAAAAUAGUUGGAUUUCUCUGAAGAGACAGAUUUUUCAUUUCAGUGAAUUUUUGCGUAGUUUAAGCAAAUGAAAGAAGAUUUAUAAGAUCCUAGGCUACAGUGGGAUUACUGUGGGGUCCCGAAUCAGGGCUGCGGUGCCCAGGACGACCGGACGCGCCAGUGGUGCUCGAGGAUCCCCCUCAGCUGUACGGGAAGGACGUCAGGAAGCAUCGCUUUACUUUUGGUGAAUUUUUUGGCGCUUUCUUUUCCUCCUCCUUACUCUUCCGCGUACCACUGGCUGGUAUAAACAUGCUACAGAAUGGAAACGAGAAGGAGAAACCGCCGCAGGCGCCAAAGGCUGAGCCGGAGCCGGACUCCCCGACUGACACCCCGAACCAGCAGCAGCAGCAGCAACAGCCCGCUCCCUUCGCUGCGGACGGGGAGGACGCGGGCAGCGAGUCCACACGCUUCCCCCUUCCCGUUUAUCCCAAAUUGGAGAUAAAGCGCAACGCAGUGACGGACGAUUAUAAGAUCUCGGGUCAGGUUCUGGGCUUGGGGAUCAAUGGCAAAGUCCUUCAGUGCUUCAACAAGAAGACUGGACAGAAGUGCGCACUGAAGAUUCUCUACGACUGCCCCAAAGCAAGGCGAGAGGUGGAGCUCCACUGGCGAGUAUCGGGAGGACCGUAUAUUGUUCGCAUCCUCAGCCUGUAUGAGAACAUGCAUCACGGGAAGAAGUGCCUGCUCAUCGUUAUGGAGUGUAUGGAGGGAGGAGAGCUGUUCAGUCGGAUCCAGGCUAGAGGAGACCAGGCUUUCACUGAGAAAGAGGCUUCUGAGAUUAUGAAGGACAUCGGCACAGCCAUCGAAUUUCUCCACAACGUGAACAUCGCGCACAGAGACAUCAAGCCGGAGAACCUGCUGUACACCUCCAAAGAAAGAAACACAGUCCUCAAAUUAACGGACUUUGGCUUUGCUAAAGAGACAACAGUACAUAACUCCCUGCAGACCCCCUGUUAUACACCGUACUAUGUGGCUCCUGAGGUGUUGGGCCCAGAGAAAUAUGACAAGUCGUGUGACAUGUGGUCUCUGGGUGUCAUCAUGUACAUCCUAUUGUGUGGCUUCCCUCCAUUUUACUCCAACACGGGCCAGGCCAUCUCUCCAGGGAUGAAGAGGAGGAUCAGAAUGGGCCAGUAUGAAUUCCCCAACCCAGAGUGGGCUGAGGUGUCACAGCAAGCAAAAGAUUUGAUCCACCAGUUGCUGAAGACAGACCCUAAUGAGAGAAUGACCAUCACUCAAUUUAUGAACCACCCGUGGAUAAAUCAGUCCAUGGUUGUCCCCUCCACUCCGCUUCACACCACUCGAGUUCUGACUGAAGACAGGGAGAUGUGGGAGGAUGUGAAGGAGGAGAUGACCAGCGCUUUAGCGACCAUGCGCGUGGACUACGACCAGGUGAAGAUCAAAGACCUCGACACCUCCAGCAAUCCGCUACUCAACAAGAGACGCAAAAAGGCGGCUGCAGGGGCCAAAAGUGGGUCCACGGUCUGCCAAAGUCAGUGAGACACUGGACUGUUGAUGGAAAUCCAGGCUGAACUGCAGCAAUGAAGAAAAGCAGCUCAGAAGAGGGGAGGGAGAGUUGAUUUGUGCAAGAGAGGAUCAUUUAGAGACCUGCCUGGGACUCUUGAAAAACUGAUUGUUGAGGAAAUGUUUUCUGAAACAAAAGGGACUGCAUAGGAACAACAGCAGGGUCAGAAGUGGACAUUUCUAAGACAUAUCAAGAUAUAUCGCCUGUUUCGAAAUCAACAGCUCUGCUGACUGUAGGCCUCAUCUGUUUUUAGUUAUCUUUAUGUUUGUAUGUCUUUUUUUUUUUUUAGAUCUCUCCUGUUUGUAAAAGUGUCUGUGUGUGGACAUGAAGGAUUUGUAGUGAUCAGGUUUUGUGUAUUUGAAUGCUUGGUUGCCUAUUUGAGGUCUCCUUUGUAACUAUGCACUAGCGUGCACAAAGAUCACACACGAAGACAGACAAACCAACUGUGGACAGACUGUGAAACUGGAACACUCACUAUUAGCUGUGUUGUCUUAAUGUUGUCUGUUGCUUUUGGCAAUUAAAGCAAAGUGUGAUACCGACU